CCAUUAAAUAUCUAAAUUAGGAAGAUAGACAGUGGGACAAAGCUGAAAAUUUUCCUCCACUGCUUCAGACCUCCGUUAUCUUCUGAACCUAGGAACCCUAGGUAUGUAAAUCAUUGCAUUUAAAUUGCUGAAUUUACUUCUCAUUUCCUUUGAAUUACCCAAAUUUAUGGCCUCCCUGAAGUUUUCCGUUUCUGUUGAUACCUAUGAUUCCAACAAGUUUCAUUUCUCUGUAAACCCAUCUCUGCCCAUUAUCAAUUCUUUCGCUAGGGUUAAACCCAUCAAUAUUUCUCGGUUAGAGGCCGAGUCUUGGGACACUUCCGAUUCUAACUCCGUUGUUGAUAAUAUAAAAACUUGGAAUAAGGAUUCAGGUAGUGAGAAUUUGAUUCUGGAAAGCUCAAAUUUUCGAAAUGACAUCUGGAGGCGGGUUCAGGGUGUGAAGAGAGUAAGGAGAAGAGACCCAAAUUCAAAAUUUAGGUCUAUAAGGAAUGAUAAUGGACAUGAAGAGCAAAAAUCUGUGAAUCAUUUUGAUGAUGAAAUAGAUGUGAAUGAAUAUGGUAUUGGGCCGGAGUUGAGCGUUGAGCGUUGUAAUGCCAUCUUGAAAGGGCUAGAGAGGUGUAGUGAUAGCAAGACCAUGAAGUUUUUUGAGUGGAUGAGGGAAAAUGGAAAAUUGGAAGGGAAUGUGAGUGCUUAUAAUUUGGCGCUCCGGGUGUUGGGUAGGAGAGGAGAUUGGGAUGCAGCAGAGACGAUGAUUUGGGAAAUGAAUGGUGAUUCAGAUUGUCAAGUCAAUUUUCAAGUUUACAACACACUUAUUUAUGCUUGUUAUAAACAGGGGCAUGUGGAGUUGGGUACCAAGUGGUUCAGAUUGAUGUUGGAGAAUGGGGUUCGGCCUAAUGUUGCAACCUUUGGUAUGGUCAUGAGUUUGUACCAGAAGGGUUGGAAUGUUGCGGAUUCAGAGUACGCUUUUUCUCAAAUGAGGAGCUUUGGAAUUACAUGUCAGUCUGCAUACUCAGCAAUGAUAACAAUUUACACCCGAAUGAGUUUGUAUGAUAAAGCAGAAGAGGUUAUUGACUUCAUACAAGAAGAUAAGGUGAUUUUGAAUUUGGAGAAUUGGUUGGUUUUGCUUAAUGCUUAUAGUCAACAAGGGAAGCUACAGGAGGCUGAAAGGGUACUGUUCUCAAUGCAGAAUGCUGGGUUUUCACCAAAUAUAGUUGCAUACAACAUGUUGAUUACUGGGUAUGGGAAAGCAUCCAAUAUGGAUGCUGCUCAACAUAUAUUCAGGAACCUCAAAAAUGUUGGACUAGAGCCUGAUGAAAGUACUUAUAGGUCCAUGAUUGAAGGUUGGGGUCGUGCUGAAAAUUAUAAGGAGGCAGAAUGGUAUUACAAUGAACUCAAGCGGUUGGGAUUCAAACCUAACUCAUCAAACUUGUAUACAAUGAUAAACUUGCAAGCCAAGUAUGCAGAUGGAGAGGAUGCUGCCAGAACUCUUGAUGAUAUGAAGAGGAUAGGUUGCCAGUAUUCUUCUGUCCUCGGUACCCUUUUACAAGCAUAUGAGAGAGCUGGAAGGAUUGACAGAGUGCCUCUAAUUUUGAAAGGUUCCUUCUAUGAGUAUGUUCUUGUUAAUCAAACAUCGUGCUCAAUUCUUGUCAUGGCAUAUGUGAAACACUGUUUGGUGGAUGAUGCUAUAAAAGUCCUACAGGAAAAACAGUGGAAGGAUACCAUCUUUGAGGAUAACUUGUACCAUUUGGUAAUUUGCUCCUGUAAGGAAUUGGGUCGUCUUGAAAAUGCUGUUAAGAUAUACAGUCAAAUGCCCAACAAGAAGCCAAACUUGCACAUCAUGUGCACAAUGAUUGACAUUUACAGCACCCUGGGUCGAUUCUCUGAUGCAGAGAACCUCUAUCUGAAGUUGAAAUCUUCAGAAAUUUCCUUGGACAUGAUUGCCUUUAGCAUUGUUGUAAGGAUGUAUGUAAAAUCUGGGUCUUUGAAAGAUGCUUGCUCCGUUCUAGAAACAAUGGAUGAACAAAAGAACAUUGUUCCAGAUAUCUACCUGUUUUGUGAUAUGCUUCGAAUUUAUCAACAAUGUGGCAUGUUGGAUAAAUUACAAGAUCUGUACUAUAGAAUCUUGAAGACGGGAGUCACUUGGGAUUCUGAAAUGUACAACUGUGUCAUAAACUGCUGUGCACGUGCUUUGCCAGUUGAUGAACUUUCCAGGCUUUUUGAUGAGAUGCUUUUACAUGGGUUUGCUCCCAAUACCAUUACCUUAAAUGUUAUGCUUGAUGUUUAUGGAAAAUCCAGGCUUUUCAAAAAGGCUAGGAAGGUGCUUUGGCUGGCCAGAAAACGAGGCUUGGUUGAUGUUAUUUCUUACAAUACCAUUAUAGCUGCCUAUGGGCAAAGCAAAGACUUAAAGAAAAUGUUAUCAACUGUUCGACAAAUGCAAUUUAAUGGCUUUUCAGUUUCCCUUGAAGUCUAUAAUUGCAUGUUGGAUUCCUACGGGAAAGAAGGCCAAAUAGAGAGUUUCAGAAGUGUCUUGAGGAGAAUGAAGGAAUCAAGUUGUGCAUCCGACCACUAUACUUACAACAUUAUGAUCAAUAUUUAUGGAGAGCAAGGAUGGAUUGAAGAAGUUGCUAAUGUUCUGACAGAGUUGAAAGAAUCUGGGCUGGGACCUGAUUUGUGCAGCUAUAACACAUUGAUAAAGGCAUACGGAAUUGCAGGAAUGGUUGAAGAUGCUGUGGUUUUGGUUAAGGAAAUGAGAGAAAAUGGGAUCCAACCUGACAGAAUAACCUACAUUAAUCUCAUCAAUGCACUGCGCAAAAACGAUGAGUUUUUAGAGGCUGUUAAGUGGUCCUUAUGGAUGAAGCAGAUGGGAUUGUGAUAUCUUCAGCGAAUUUGCCUCCAUAUCGAAAAGCAGAUUGAACAUUUCCUACUCAAACAUCCCUGGAAAUUUUGCUAAUCAAGGUAUUGUAUUUUCUGUAUGUAUCUAGAGAAGCUGAUUUUUUCCCUUUCUCCAUCCCUUUUUUUUUUUUUUGUUGAAUGUUUAUAUGUCUAUUGGUAACUUGUAUCAUGAUAAAGGUUGAUAGUAAUACCAUAAUAUUCUUCUAACUUUUGUUUAUAGACCUUCUGUUCUUAAAUGCAUCAUAAAUACUAUUUUAGAUGUGUAA